GUUUCAAUCGAGGCUUCCAUUAGCUAGAUACCAGAUGUCGUUAUCACUCUCUGGGAGGGGAAAAAAGUCAAUCUCUGUGCAUUUAUUACAAUACUCAGAGCUCAACAGCCUAAAGCAGUAACAGGGUAGCAUACAGGAGGGUUGGGUUUUCAAAAACAACAAAAAAAACUCUCUCUUUUCCUGGUCUGACAGCAGCGCAUGCCAAGAGACAGACACAGUGUGGAACUACCCAAGGCUGUAAUCACACAGGGCAAGAGGACAGCAGCAGCAGCAGCAGUCCCUGUUCACCAGCCUGAGGCUCCACAUCUGUGUUCUUCAGCAAAGAGCUAGAGAUACAUCAGGAGAGAUCAGCACAAUGACAGAGAAAGCUGACAGUCUGGCAUCUGCUGACUCUGAGCUGGCCCAGUGCGAGGCAGAGGUGGGGACGUUGCUCAGGAUUAUAGCUGAGCUCAAUACGAAGAUGGGUGCCUUGCAAAUACCUCGAGAUCCAAAAGACUGUGAAAAACAGGAGCAGGUCUGCAAAGCCAGUCCACCGGCACCACCAGCAGCACCAUCACCACCACAGCUCAGCCCCAUGGUGCACACUGGUGGCACACCAUCUGUGGAGUCCAUGUCAGUGAUAGAGCAAGCCCAGCAAUGUAAAGGUGGCAGUGGAGAGCCAUGGACAGAGCUCCAGCAAGUUAUGUCCAGUCUGGAGUCUUCAGCCAGCAGGGGGAGAACACUGGUCAUUCCCCAGAUUCACCAGGAUGGAAAAACCCAGGCAGAGCAUAUUACUGCAGCCCGUGAGAGCUGGGUUCAGGCCACACAAGUGUUGGAGGAAAUGGAGAGGGAGCUAGGAAUCUCAUAUCCAUCUGAAUUACCUCCUGAGGAGCGUCAAGCCUAUCAAAAAGAUGUUCUCUUACUGGAUAAGCUCAACCGAGACCUUAGUGCAAGCCUGAAGAGUCGUCAAGAGGAGCUGAAGAGUGCAGAGGGAGCCAUUUUGGAGAUGGAGGACGAGAAGAAACGGCUUCGAGAAAAGCUGGAAGAGCUGAAAAGGAAAUGGCUGAUUGGGUCCAGUUCCUCUCCGCCCAGAAGUCCAUCUUUGUCCUCUAGUAGGACCCCGAGUCCCUGCUGGUCCUCUCCUGUGUUUCCUGGGUCUCCUCUGCUGUCUCGCAGGAUGUCUGUCUCACCUCCCACUUCCCCCUCCCUGCUAACCUGUGCUCAACCCACCAGCACUGUGAUGGAGACAGAAACUGAUCGGCUCCAGAGGUGUCUGGAGAGGCUGAAAGCGAGGAACGAGCGGCUGACUGCGGCUCUUGACAGACGGAAGAGUGAACAGGAACAAGUCAGCAUGGCUCUCAGCCGCCACGAGGCAGACUGCUCUGCUCUGAACAUGGCCCUGGCUUACUGUGAAGAGUGUGAAGAGGCCUACAGUGAGCUAUUGUCCCUGUAUGAAGCCAGGAAACAACAGACUGCUGCGUUGGCAGCUUCUUCCCCAGAAAAGCCUGAGUGUUUGAUUACUGCUGAAGAAGAGUCGCCCAGUUCACCAGUGGAAACUGCAGAGUCUGACCAGACCAGUGUUUCUGCAGAGCAGUUUGAAGAUAAAACUGGCGUGGUUCGGCAGAGGAUUGCGAGGCUGAAGCAGGACAGGGCAGCAGUGUGUAUCCCAGAGCAGAUGAGGACAGGAGAAGGGAAGCUAAGCCCUGACACAGGCACACUGGCUGGGGGCAGGCACAACAGCAGUGCCUCCUCAAAUAACCCCAAAGGAGAGAAAGCUGCGCUGCUGUAUGAGCUCGUCACUGUCAGGGAGGAGAUGUCAGAGCUGCGGGGGCUCAUCAGACUGAAGGAGAAGGAGAGACGCAGUCUGGAGUUCUCUUUGAUGGCCCAUAGGUGUCAGGACUCUGCAGGGGCAGCGAUUGCAGAAAGCCUGCGGGAGGAGCUGGAGGACAGGAGAGCAGACCAGCAGAGGAUGGACGAGAUUCGAGGUAAGCUGGCAAGCGGAGGGGGAAUUCCUGGGCCACGGAAUCACGCCAUCAUGAGAGAUGUCCGAGCAGCACUGCUGAGGGAGCAGACAAUGAAGAGAAGAGUGGCGUCUUUACGAGAAUCUCUGGACUCCACCCUCUUAGACUGCACCACCCAGAGGAGAGUUCAUAAGGAGGAAGUGGCCCGCCUAACUCUCUGUCACAAUAAAGCCAUGAGUGUGUACAGGAACACACGCAAGAAGCAACACGAGCAGUUGUGGAGGCUAGAGCGACAAAUUACGGCCAUGACAGAGCGUCACGCUGCCCAACUGGCUGAACUAAAAGGCACACUGGAGGCACUGGAGUGGAAGAAGGAGGAAACUGUGCUCUGAAAGAAACUCAGGAAGUCUGCGAGAACUUUUUUUUUUUUUUGGCCAAAAGCUCACAUUUCAAAUUACAUUUACCUCAUGAGACCAAAUGACACGUUAAUAACGUUCACUGUCUGUUAAAAUAUGUUAUAUUAAAUAAUAUUUUGAUACAUUAA